AUGCGCCUGCUAACCAGCAGCAGGGCUUGGAGCAAAGGCGGAACGCCAGGGCCUGACUCAGCUGCCGAAUACACAAGCUUCAACAACUUCAUCAAAGAGAUCGUCGUGGAAGGAAUCCAAGUUGAACUUGUCAUCUGGGACAACACGGGCAUGGAUGGCUACGAAAAGCUACGUCGACUCUCGUAUGAAGACGUGCACGUAGUGCUGCUGUGCUUCGACAUCAGUGACCAAGAUUCCUUCGAUAAUCUGAGGCACCUGUGGAAUGUCGAAGCCGAUACUUACCUCAAGAAGGUUCCGAAGAUACUCGUAGGAUGCAAGAAGGAGCUGCAAAAUGAUGUGGCUACUCUGAGGAGUCUGCGGGAAAGUGGGCAUCGCCCGAUCUCUACGAAGAAGGCGGAAGCAUUUGCCUUAGAAAUCAAUGCACUGGCCUACCUGGAGACCUCCGCGGUACAGAAAAGUGGGCUGGAUGAGCUGUUCGAUUACGCGGCAAGAGCUGCGCUGACAAGAGGGCCAUCGAAGGGCAAGAAGGGAAUCCGGCGAUUUCUUUCGAGGAGUGAAAUGAAGUUCAAGAGUUGA